AUGUCUUCUAUCUACAACAAGUGCGGCCAUGGAACAUGCGCCAUCGUCGGCUUCUGCGUCAAGCUCUGGACUCAGCAGCAUCCUCGGAGUAGGAACGUGGAGCACGGAGCGGCGGGGAAGGAAGAAGAGGGAUUGCGAGGGAGCCGGCGUGUGGAUGACGCAGGAGGGGAGAGGAGAGAGCGGAGGCAGCCUGCUUUCAGCGAGCUCAGGGCAGGAAGCUGCGGGGUCGACCGAGAAAUGUGCAGUAAAGUACAGGUAGUCAGCGACGGGUGCAUGGUCUUGGGGAAUAUCAAGCACGCGUCGGCAAAGCUCCCGAGAGCAAGCCUGGACGACAAGUUAGAUGCCAUACGGGCAGUAAGCCCCGAGUUGCCGCCCGUGAGUGUACAGUGA